AGCAACAAUCCUUAAUCCGCCGCAAUCCUAGAUUUCAUUUUCUUGAUUUUUCAUUCUCCCUCUUUUAUACUUUUCCUUCACCUCUUUUCGGCCUCUCUCGUUGGCUGCUGCUGCUGCAUUUUUAUUCUGCCUAGUCGGUGUUACACAGCAGGUCUCAGCAGCAUACCGACGGGGACUCCACCAGGAAGAAAACCCUAACUCUUUCUACAUCUCUCAAUGAACUGUUCAAUCUCCGGCGAUGUGCCGGAAGAGCCCGUGGUGUCAAAGAAGUCAGGUUUACUCUACGAGAGACGCUUAAUCGAGAGGCACAUAACGGAUUAUGGGAAAUGUCCAGUCACAGGAGAACCACUUACUAUGGAUGACAUUGUUCCCAUCAAAACAGGCAAGAUAGUGAAGCCCAAACCACUGCACUCUGCCAGCAUCCCUGGUUUGCUUGGGAUGUUCCAGAAUGAGUGGGACAGUUUGAUGCUAUCUAAUUUUGCAUUGGAGCAGCAGCUUCACACAGCGAGGCAAGAGCUAAGUCAUGCGCUGUAUCAGCACGAUGCUGCUUGCCGUGUGAUUGCAAGACUUAAAAAGGAAAGAGAUGAAUCAAGGGCAUUACUUGCACAGGCUGAAAGGCAGAUUUCUUUUCCAGUAUCAACCGCAGUUACAGCUAAUGCUUCUAGUCUUAGCAAUGGGAAAAGAGCUGCUGAGGAUGAGGAACUCGGCUCUGGUGGGAAAAAAUUACGUCCUGGAAUCUCAGCUAAUAUUAUUUCUGAGCUAACAGAUUGUAACGCUGCUCUUUCUCAGCAGCGUAAGAGGCGACAGAUCCCUCAAACUUUGGCUCCAGUUGAUGCUUUGGAGAGAUACACUCAGAUUUCUAGUCACCCACUUCACAAAACUAAUAAACCUGGCAUUAUCUCUCUUGACAUCCUUUAUUCCAAGGACAUCAUCGCCACUGGAGGGGUUGACACAACUGCUGUGAUCUUUGACCGACCAUCAGGACAGGUCUUAUCUACACUCACUGGUCAUUCAAAGAAGGUCACAAGUGUAAAGUUUGUCACUCAGACUGAUCUAAUAUUGACUGGCUCAGCAGACAAGACUGUCCGUGUUUGGCAAGGAUCUGAAGAUGGAAACUUUGAUUGUAGGCACAUCUUGAAGGAUCAUACUGCAGAGGUACAAGCUGUAACUGUGCAUGCCACAAAUAAUUAUUUUGUGACGGCUUCUUUGGACAACACAUGGUGCUUGUAUGAUCUUUCUUCCGGUCUUUGCUUGACACAGGUUUCGGAUGCUUCUGAAAAUGAGGGUUAUACAUCUGCUGCAUUUCAUCCCGAUGGCCUCAUUCUUGGAACAGGCACUUCACAAGCUCGUGUUAAAAUCUGGGAUGUAAAAAGUCAGGCAAAUGUAGCUAAAUUUGAUGGACAUGCAGGACCUGUAACUGCCAUAUCUUUCUCAGAAAAUGGUUACUUUCUUGCGACUGCAGCUCAUGAUGGUGUCAAACUGUGGGAUCUUCGCAAACUGAAGAAUUUCCGGUCAUUUGAACCAUAUUCUGAUGCACCUACAAACUCAGUGGAAUUCGACCAUAGUGGAUCAUACCUUGCAAUUGCAGGUUCAGAUAUAAGAGUUUACCAGGUUGCAAGCGUCAAAGCAGAAUGGAGCUGUAUCAAAACUUGGCCUGAUUUGUCGGGGACAGGUAAAUGUACUUCUAUCAAAUUUGGCCCAGAUGCAAAAUAUAUGGCAGUGGGAUCAAUGGAUCGCAAUCUUCGCAUAUUUGCCUUGCCUGGAGACGAGGGUGGAUUAGAUUCAUGAUUCUCUAAACGGCUCUUGAGUUUCCUGUUCUUCUGGUUUAUUCGUCAGCUAUCUUAGUUACAGUGGGAUUCAAAGUUCUAGGAGGUGUAUUGUGGCUCUUAAUGUGAUAGAGCAGGGAGAGGACAUGCAUACUGGUGGCGAAUCCACUGCCGAGCAAUGGUGUACCAUCUUUUGUCCGGCAUGUUACAUUCAAUCAUUUGUAUGAUUUAACUUGUAAUAGAAAUGUUGAAAAAAAAGCCUUUUUCAUUAUCCUCAGAUCUUCAGACUUUUUCUUGGAGAAUGCUUGUUAGUCCUGUAAUUGGUUAGAUAAUUUUUUUACCCAUUAGCAAUUUUUUCUUUUUAUGCUUGAUGACCUGGCUCGUUUUUGUA